GCACGACAAAGCAGGGUACCCAGGACCACCAUAUCAAACCUAGGUACCUUACCUGGUUACAGUGAUGAGAAAGGCAAAUUGAGCCCGCGCCUGCAUCAAAAACACAAAACAUAUAUCUCUGUACGCAAGCUUGAUUAUUCAGAACUCAAAAUGACCUCGAUCGAUUUCACACACUACGAGCAGGUCUUUCAGCCUGAUCUCGAGUCGCCUUAUGCCCCAGACCUGAUACGCGAGAUCGAGUCUUACCGCAAGGGCUUCGGUGGCGUGCUCUUCAUUGACAAGGUCCUCAGCGCGUUGGGUGUCACAAAAGCCAAAUCUUACCCUCCAAGAGGUGACAAUUCGCUGCGCGAGCUUCACCAGAAGGUGUGCCAGAGCAAGUCGGCGGCUCAACAAAAGCUGUCUGUGCUGUACUAUCUCCUCCUCGACUUUGACGAUAUACUCGGUGUGCGAUCACGUCUUGCCGAAGAAUUUGCGGAAAAGAGUGGCGUCCCGGGCAAGUAUCAGAUCUUUAUGAAGGGUUUAUGGCACAUGGACCGGCAACAGUUCCCGGUCGCACUCGAGUACUUGGCGCAUCCUUCACUUGUUCCCGAGUUCGCCGACGAUAUCAUUACCAUCUUGGUGCGGCAUGCGCGCGACGAUGACUUUUCCUGGGCCCUUGCCUACUACCAGACAGUCAACCCAGUUCUCAAGACACCAGAGGCGCUGGAACUAUACUUUAUCGCCCUUGCGCGCACGAGCGUGACAGAGGCACUCCUCUACUCGCGCACACAUCCAGAGUCCGCAAGGCGUCUUUUCUUCGAGCAACUCGUUGCAUCUGUACACGACGGCCCCAGCAGCGCCGGCUUGGCAGGACCUGGGAGUAGGGAGCAAAGGGCCAAAACUCUCGCCAGCCUCCCGCUCGACCGUGAUGAGGAGAGGUGGCUAGACGAAUACCUUACAGGACCAGAGGGUCGACGGUUAAAGAAUGGAAGAGAUACCUGGGUGAUGAGAAAGAUUGCCACUAACCGCACGGCUGAGUUGGGCGACGAUAACCUCCGCGCCCACCUGGCGGCAUUUGGUCGACCUAGCGCGUUCUGAAUUGUAUUGUUUUCGGAGGCAUGAGGUCCUCUUGGUGAUCAGUUGUAUAUGUUCCGUCUUGUAACUGUAUUAACCCUGGUGCAUAGCGACGGCGUUUGGCUCGGACGGUUCUAUUGCCCUGAAUAGGGUUAGCUUCUAUUUCUUCUCAUCAUUCCAAGAUAUACUGCGUCAGUUGCC